AUGUACAUGCGCUCGGACUUGGCGGCGCUGCGAGUGCGGAAAGAUGUGAACGAGCUUUCCAAGGCCAAAUUCACGUGCAACCAGGCCACGACGCGCGUGGAUUUCCCCGAUGGAGCUGACAACAUGUUGCGGCUGAUCUUCACGAUCUCCAUAGCCGACGUGUCGGGUCCGUUCGCCAACGGGGACUUCACCUUCUUCGUGGAGAUCCCCAAGACGUACCCCUUCCACCCUCCUAGUGUGAAAUGUCUUACAAGGGUGUGGCAUCCUAAUAUUGAUAUGGCAACAGGCAAAGUAAUGAUGCCAAUCCUAGGCACGGACUGGCGCCCUGUGCUCAGCAUCAACACGGUCUUGCUUGGAUUGCAGUUAAUCUUCCUGGAACCUGUCAAUCAUAACAUUCUCAACCCUGUUGCAGCCGAGCAGCUGCGUCAAAACCCCGAGCAGUUCAAGAAGGAGGUGCAGCAGAUUCUCUGUGGCGGCAAGUUUUACGGUGUGGAUUUCCCGGCUCACCCGAGGCAGAUCGAGAAGCAGCGGCAAAGUUGGGGGUUGCGAGUCAAACGGCGGCGUGACAAUGAAUCCCCCGACGCAAGUAGUGAAUGGGACGACAUGACAAGCCCAAAUGCGAGCGACACUAUUGGCAUCGAAGUGCCAGAGCUCAUGGAUUGCAGCGGUUCAUCAGCAUGGAAGCGGACGCGAUUCCAGUAA